GAGGGCAGAAGACCAAGAGACUCCUGGCGGCGGCAGCACAGAGAACGUACAGCACUCGAGAGGGGAGUGUCUUCUCCCUGCCUCCAAGGCCUUCCCAGAAGCCUCAAAGACUGCUCCCUCGAGAUCCAGAAGCGUAUCGGGCCGGCAGGACACAGAAGGGGAGGCUGCAGCAGCCUGCUUCCCUGCUGACCCAGAUGGAGCCAGCGGCGGCCAUGGCCACAGGGGCUGAGCAGACCUCACAGAGGGCCAAGGAGUUCAAGAGCCUCUCAGCUACCCAUUCAGUGCAGUCAGGCCCUGGUGCUGGGUCUCAGAGCUUUGCAGAUAAGAGCCUGCUACCCCUGACGCCCCAGCAGCUGGCAGCAUUCCAGGAUAUCUUCAAGCUUUUCAGCUCCAGCCCAACCGGCACUGUGGACAUGCGCAGCAUGAAAGUUGCCCUGCACAACGUGGGUCUCCAACUGAGCCCGCAGGAGAUGUGUGAGGCUCUGCAGCAGGCAGACUUGGAUGGUGAUGGAACCGUAAGCUUCCAAGACUUCCUAGGUGUCCUCACUGACAGCCACCGCCUUGCUCAAUGUCUCCGCCAGGUGACAAACAGCCGGGUCUGUGACCCCCAGAACCUGCAAACCCUGUUCUUAGAGAUGCUGUUUAAGCUGAUGAGGCAGGGCUUUGUGCCUUACAAGUCGGCGCGGGAGGUGAUAAGCUACUACUCCAAGAAGCAGCGGGCCCUGCGGUUGAACUCGGGCUGCAAGAGCCCGGGCCGGUCCCACAGUCACGGCCGCCCGGCGUGCGUUCAAGCGGGCCUCACCUUCUUCUGCCAGGCCGCGCGCCUCAGCGGCCUUACCAACACGGAGCUGGUGCACUCGCUGCGCAGACUGCACAAAGCAGGCGUGCACAGCCCCUACUCUCAGAUACCUAUCCUGGCCGAGGGGACGCGGCCAGAAUACAAGACGCGGAACCGGGCCUCGCGCCCCGAAGUCCGACUUCCCAAGUCCUACCCCUCCAAGUCCUACCCCUCCAGCUACCCCAAGCUCGGAUCCAACCAGGGGCGGCGCAACCAAGAGUUCGGGGACCAGCCAUUAGAGUAUACGCACCCCUGGAAGCUGGCUCCCUCUCCCCCAACGCUAGUGCAGAAGCAGCCCUUCUCCCCUUCACCAGCCUGUUUGCAGAGACCUGCUAUGAAGAACUUGUACAAGUAA